AUGGGAUUCUUUCUCCCGGCGCUGUUUGUGGGCGGCCUGGGCAUGACCCAGCACCUGGCCUCGCGGGAGCUCGACGACUUGUUGCGGCAGGCCGAGCAGCCUGUCUUCGGCUUCUGGUCAGGCGUCGGUUUCGGCGUGCUCCUGGGCGUCUGGAUCGGUUUCAACUUUUCUUCCUUUUUCCUCAGGCUGAAGGGACUCUCCGACGCUAUCUGGGACCUCGCGCAGGGCGCCUCCGACGGCCGCGCGGCCGACAAGGAAGACGACCAGCGAGAAAGGCGGUGA